GGGAUUUUUAAUCUUUUUGUUUGUUGCAGAGAAGGUGGUCUCGUCGAUUGAAGAUGGAAACAGCGGCCCCUUUUCAGUCAUCUUUCAGCAACCCUUCACACGUGACGCAUCCUCACAGACCCGCUCAAAAUGGGUCGACCCGACCCAAUUUCUUACGGGUAGGAUCCCCCAAGUCCAUCCUCUCCGGCGCGUGGCCUCAGCAAAGAUUGUUGAUUUCUCGUAAGAAUGGGGGAAACUGCGGAGUUGACUUUAUGAACACGAAGAAGAGUUGGAUCGGAGCAUCAAUGCAGAAACAUUCGGAUUCUGGCGGUUCGAUUGAUCCAAUAGCACCACUUGAGUUGGAGUCUCCGAUUGGGCAAUUUCUGUCGAAGAUUAUGAUAAGCCAUCCUCAUCUGGUUUCGGCUGCAGUAGAACAGCAGCUCGAACAGCUUCAAACGGAUCUUGAUGCAGUUAAGGAAGAGUCCUCCGCUUCUGGUACUGAACUAGUAUUGUACAGGAGAAUCGCAGAGGUGAAAGCAAAUGAAAGAAGAAAGACCCUCGAAGAGAUAUUGUAUGCAUUGGUGGUGCAGAAAUUCAUGGAUGCUGACGUGGCCUUAGUUCCGAACAUAACCCAGCUCGAUUCUGUCCGAGUCGACGACACCUGGCACUGCAAAGAAGCAGAAUUGGAAGGGCUCCACUCCACCGAAGCUUACCAGAUGAUUCAAAAACAUCUAAGUCUCAUUCUCGGAAAACGACUAGCCGAUUCCAAAUCAGUCGCACAAAUAAGCAAACUAAGGGUGGGCCAAGUUUACGCAGCUUCGGUUAUGUACGGAUAUUUCCUCAAACGGAUAGACCAAAGGCUACAAUUAGAGAAGAUGAUGAAAAUCCUUCCACAAGAGAAGAUGGAUAUCGAACACGUUACGUAUUCUGCUGCAGAGAAGAGAGUACCUAUGCUUAACGAGUCUCUCGAAGAUGGGAUAAAUUUAUCCAGGUUCGACGGGAUAAAUUUAUCCAGGCUGAGAAACUACGUCAUGUUAUUUGAUGGGGAGACGCUUCAAAGAUAUGCAACAAUAAGAUCGAAAGAAGCCUUUAAUGUGAUUGAGAAACACACGGAGGCGUUGUUUGGUAGGCCUGAGAUAGUUAUCACGCCUGAUGGGACUAUCGAUUCCUCGAAUGAUGAACUGAUCAAGAUCAGCUUUGGUGGGCUGAGGAGACUCGUUUUGGAGGCUGUGACAUUUGGUUCAUUCCUUUGGGAUUCUGAAAGCUAUGUUGAUUCGAGGUACCAUUUUGUUGCAAAUUAAUUGAGAUCAUUUGAGGGAAAUGAUGUAUGUAUGCCUUCUCUGAUUGACCUGCACAUAAUUUAACUUUACUUUGAAGUUUAUCGGUUUUUUUCUUAAUUUUAUUUUAUUUUAUUUUAUCAUCAAUAAUAUGGAAUUUAUUUAUCCAUUGGUGUCGGUUGGAUUUUGUCGAUCUAUCUUUAAGUUUUCAACCCUGAUAAUGUGGUACAAUAUGGGAUUCUUAUUUGUUAUACAUUACAGAUUGUUGGUUUUAAU